AGGAGGAUCGGCGCGGGGUAGCUGUGCGCAGUGUGGAGGUCGUUGGAGUCACUUAGUCGGCCAGCUCCUGCACCUGCGGCUCCGUUCCCAACCCUCUCUAAGCAUGCUGUCCGCCCUCGCCCGGCCCACCUGCGCCGCUCUUCGCCGCAGCUUCAGCACCUCGGCCCAGAACAAUGCUAAAGUAGCCGUGCUCGGAGCUUCUGGAGGAAUCGGGCAGCCCCUGUCACUCCUCCUCAAGAACAGCCCCUUAGUGAGCCGCCUGACCCUCUACGAUAUCGCGCACACACCUGGAGUGGCUGCGGACCUGAGCCACAUUGAGACCAGGGCCACUGUGAAAGGCUACCUCGGACCUGAGCAGCUACCAGACUGCCUAAAAGGCUGUGAUGUUGUGGUCAUUCCCGCUGGAGUCCCCAGAAAACCAGGCAUGACACGGGAUGACCUGUUCAAUACCAACGCCACGAUUGUGGCCACCUUGACUGCUGCCUGUGCCCAGCACUGCCCUGAAGCCAUGAUCUGCAUCAUUGCCAACCCGGUUAAUUCCACUAUCCCGAUCACAGCGGAAGUUUUCAAGAAGCACGGAGUGUACAACCCCAACAGGAUCUUCGGUGUGACAACCCUGGACAUUGUCAGAGCCAACACUUUUGUGGCUGAGCUGAAGGGAUUGGAUCCGGCUCGGGUCAACGUUCCUGUCAUUGGCGGCCAUGCUGGAAAGACCAUCAUCCCCCUGAUCUCUCAGUGCACCCCCAAAGUGGACUUUCCCCAAGACCAACUGGCAACGCUCAUCGGGCGGAUCCAGGAGGCCGGCACAGAGGUGGUAAAGGCCAAGGCCGGGGCAGGCUCUGCCACCCUGUCCAUGGCGUAUGCUGGCGCCCGCUUUGUCUUCUCCCUUGUGGAUGCGAUGAACGGGAAGGAGGGCGUUGUCGAGUGCUCCUUCGUUCAGUCAAAGGAGACAGAGUGCGCCUACUUCUCCACGCCCUUGCUGCUGGGGAAAAAAGGUCUGGAGAAGAACCUGGGCAUCGGCAAGGUCUCGCCCUUUGAGGAGAAGAUGAUCGCCGAAGCCAUUCCUGAGCUAAAAGCCUCCAUCAAGAAAGGGGAAGACUUCGUCAAGAACAUGAAAUGAGGCUUGGUCUGCAAACAGCCGGUUUGUUAAUUUAUUAAGGCAUCAUGUCACUGUGAAGCCAUUUCGGAGACCUUUGUACUUUAAUUUGCGUUAAUAAUGGCUAUCGUAUCAGCAUUAUUACCAUCCUCCCAACUCUGGCUGGUCUGUUGGCACAACAAUAAAAGCAGACUUCGAUUUUCUUUUUCAA